AUGGGUCAUCAACCAAUGCCUUGGCUGCUGCAGUUACAUCGAUGCCAAGACAAACUAUCACCUUUUCCAAAGUUCAACCAUUGCAAAGUCCAUAUUGUGGCGUCUGGACCAACUCCUACACAGUGGCAGUACCGAGGCCAUGUGCAGAACCAGCACUAUAUAAAGCACAUUGACAACCUUCAUACUUCUGGAGAAAACAAGCACAUCAAGUCAGUAUUCUAUCCUGACAGUAUUACUCUCCCCUCCAAAAUGAAGCUCGCCACCGUCCUCACCUCCAUCUCCCUCCUCACCCCGGCCCUAGCCACCCCCACCAACCUCAACGUCGAACGCGACGUCGCCGCCAUCCAAGGCGUCCUCAGCGACAUCGACGACAAGGUCCUCGCCCUAGGCAGCGCCAUAGAAGCCAAACCCCUAGACGCCGACUCCAUAAUCAGCCAAUCCAACACCCUCGUGGACACAAUCACCUCAGGAACAGCCACCGUCAACGCCCAGCCGCCACUAGGACAACUCGAUGCGCUAGGUCUCGUCUCGCCAACCCAAAAACUCGCCGACGACACCGACGCCACAGUGCAGAGCCUUAUCGGCGUUAAGAGCGAUAUCAUCGAUCUCGGCGAGGGAUGCACGACCCUUACCGCGCUCAAGGACCAGUAUGAUGCGGCAACGGGCUUGAGUGAUGCCGUUGUCUCCAAGGUCCCCGCUGCUCUGGCGGAUAUUGCUAAGGAGCUGUCGGAUAGUAUUUCUAAUGCGAUCCAGAAGGGUAUUGAUGCGUAUCAGGGUGCUUGUGAUGGUAGUGGUGGGGAGCCGACUAGCACUGGGGGUCCGGAGCCUACGAGUUCGGAGACUUCGACGCCGACCAAGACUGCUUGCCCUGCUAGGAAGUAG